CGGCAGCGGAUUUCCCGUCGUGCUUCGGGGUUCGUCUGGGAGGCUGUGAUCAAUCUCCGGUGUCACCGGGUGGGAGGAUAAUGACAGCGGCUCCGUGAGUGUUUACGUUGUAUGGUUUCAAAUUAAACUUUGGAAGAUGAUUUUACAAGCCUGAGUCCUCCUGCUUUUCCUUGAGUCUCUCAGAGAAGCCAUUCUUACCUUCUGCUAGUUAACUUCAAAACCAAAAAUGGCAAGUGGAGGAGGAGGAGGAGGUGGAGGGAGCUGUAAACCAAACUCCAGCAACUGGUGUAAAUCUCAAGAAAAGCUUCCAGUACAUGUAGAAGAUGCUUUAUCCUAUUUGGACCAGGUGAAAAUUCGCUUUGGGAGUGAUCCAGCCACAUACAAUGGCUUUCUAGAGAUCAUGAAGGAAUUCAAAUCUCAGAGUAUUGACACACCUGGUGUAAUCCGUCGGGUUUCCCAGUUGUUUCAUGAACACCCGGAUCUGAUGCUUGGCUUCAAUGCUUUUCUACCACUUGGUUAUAAAAUUGAGCUUCCAAAGAAUGGGAAAGUGGUAAUGCAGCAAUCGCUGACAAGUCCUGUAUCAUCGGAUGUGGCCUCCAGCUCCUUGCCAAACAGCCGUGUCGCUUUGCCUCAUCCAUCAGAAAGUUUCCACAGCGAGGUGGUAGCAGAGGAACCAAGGCAGCCGGAAAAGGAAAAGACACUGCCUCCCCCAGAAUCAGAUUCCCUGGAAUUUCACAAUGCUAUCAGCUACGUCAAUAAAAUCAAAACACGUUUUCUGGACAGGCCUGAAAUCUACAGGUCCUUCCUGGAAAUCCUCCACACUUAUCAGAAGGAUCAGCUGAAUCCAAAAGGUCGUCCAUUUCGGGGCAUGUCAGAAGAAGAGGUAUUCACAGAAGUUGCCAGUCUGUUCCGUGGUCAGGAGGACCUGUUAUCUGAAUUUGGCCAGUUUCUUCCAGAAGCAAAGAGAUCUUUGUUCACUGGAAAUGGUGCUUGUGAUCUUAGCAGUGCCCGUAAACUUGAAUACCAGCGAAACUUAGAACACAGCCGGAAGCGCUCCAGAUCGCUUAUGCUUCGCCCUAUGUCCUGUCCUUCCAAGAAAAAAAUUAAGAUGCGCAAGUCAAAGGACCAGUCUGUGGCCAAUGUGGGGAAGUAUGGUACACUGCAGGAGUUCUCUUUCUUUAACAAGGUUCGACGAGUGUUGAAGAGCCAAGAGGUGUAUGAAAACUUCUUACGAUGCAUUGCCCUCUUCAAUCAGGAACUUGUCUCUGGUUCCGAGCUCCUGCAGUUGGUCACACCCUUUUUAGGGAAGUUCCCAGAGCUCUUUGCACAGUUCAAGUCUUUUCUCGGCGUGAAAGAACUCUCGUUUGCCACACCAGUCACAAAUGAUCGUUCUAAUGAAGGCAUUGGACGAGAGAUUGACUAUGCAUCAUGUAAACGUAUUGGAUCAAGUUACAGGGCACUCCCGAAGACUUACCAGCAACCAAAGUGCAGCGGGAGAACUGCGGUCUGCAAAGAGGUACUGAAUGAUACUUGGGUGUCCUUUCCAGCAUGGUCCGAGGACUCCACUUUUGUCAGUUCCAAGAAAACCCCAUAUGAGGAGCAACUUCACCGAUGCGAAGAUGAGCGCUUUGAGUUGGAUGUGGUGUUGGAAACCAAUUUAGCCACCAUCCGUGUGUUAGAGAGUGUGCAAAAGAAGCUUUCCCGUAUGUCUCCGGAAGACCAGGAAAAGUUCCGACUGGAUGACUGCUUGGGGGGCACCUCUGAGGUUAUCCAGCGCCGUGCCAUCUUCCGGAUCUAUGGGGAUAAAGCUCCAGAUAUCAUAGAAAGUUUAAAGAAAAACCCAGUUACUGCUGUACCUGUGGUAUUAAAGCGGUUGAAAGCAAAAGAGGAGGAAUGGCGCGAGGCUCAGCAGGGGUUCAACAAGACCUGGCGGGAGCAGUACGAAAGGGCGUACCUAAAGUCUCUAGACCACCAGGCUGUCAACUUCAAACAGAACGACACCAAGGCCUUGCGCUCCAAGAGCUUACUUAACGAAAUUGAAAGUGUCUAUGAUGAGCAUCAGGAGCAGCACCCGGAGGCCAGGACAACUACAUCCAGUGGCCCUCACUUAAUCUACACCUAUGAGGAUUGGCAAAUUCUGGAGGAUGCUGCAUCACUGAUCAGCUACUAUGUGAAAAGGCAGCCAGCCAUUCAGAAGGAAGACAAGGACACCAUUUGGCAGAUAUUGCACCAGUUUAUCCCUGAGCUGUUUUUCUCUGCAUCAGCUUCCUGCCAGUCGCUGUUCACUGGAUCCAGUGAAGAGACUCCAACAGAAAGCAAUACAGACACUACUUCUGUACCUGAACUCCCUGAGCGUAGGAGGAGAAGUGUGACCCCAAGUGGGACUCAGGAACCAAGCACUCCAACAUGGACCCCCUCUGAACCACCUUCCAAAAACACAGAGGAAAUGUACAGCCUUUUCUUCACAAACAACAAUUGGUACUUUUUCUUGCGGUUGCACCACACACUGUGUGCCAGACUUCUAAGGAUUUAUCGACAGGCGCAGAUUCAACUUCUAGAAUACAGGACAGAGAAAGAAAGGGAGAAACUGCUGUGUGAGGGCAGAAAAGAAAAGUCUAAUGGGCCAGCCAUGGAGCUCCGACUCAAGCAGCCCAGUGAAGUUGAAUUAGAAGAGUAUUAUCCUGCAUUCCUGGACAUGGUAAGGAAUUUACUUGUUGGGAAUUUGGACCCAACGCAUUAUGAGGAUACCCUUCGAGAGAUGUUCACCAUACAUGCUUAUAUUGGCUUCACCAUGGACAAGUUAAUACAAAACAUUACACGUCAGCUACACCAUCUAGUGAGUGAUGAAAUCUGUCUGAAAGUAGUGGAACUGUACCUGAGUGAGAAGAAGCGUGGAGCAGCCGGAGGAAGUCUAGUCUCUCAGUGUGUACGUGCUGCAAAGGAAACCAGCUACCAAUGGAAAGCAGAGCACUGCAUGACAGAUGAAAAUUGCUUUAAGAUAAUGUUCCUGCAGAGACAAGGCCAGGUAAUAAUGACAAUAGAGCUGCUGGACACCGAGGAUGUACAGACAGAAGAUCCUACAGAAGUACAGCAUCUGUCUAAUUAUGUGGAGCAAUACAUUAAUGUGGAGGGAGUUCAGAACAAUCAGAGUGAAGGCUUUUUAUUAAAACCUGUUUUAUUGCAGAGGAACAUUCGGAAUUUCCAUGACUGGCAGUGCAGGACAAUGCGAGUGAUGAAGGAUGAGAUGAAGUCUUCUUGGAAGAGGCUCAUGGGAGUAGAAAGUGCCAGCAAUAUGGAUUGCCGUUUCAGAAUCAACAGUCACAAAAUGAUGUUUAUUGUGAACUCUGAAGAUUACAUGUACCGCUGGGGAACACUGACCAGAGCCAAAGAGUUCCAGCCAGUGGUCUUCCAGAAGCACCAUGAGAAGUUUUCAGCAUGGCACAACCGUUGGCUGCAGGAGAAUGUCAGUUCCAGAGCAGCCGAACUUGUGCAAGACUGGCUGACUGGUGAGGAAGACGAAGAUAUGGUCCCCUGCAAGACUGUGUGUGAACUUUCAGACGUUCAUGGCAUGACUGUCACCAGAUAUCGAGUCCAGUACACUCGCCAAGCUGUUUCUCCGUGACACAUUCAACUAUUUCCCUCCCCUAUCUAUAUUUGCUGCUCAAUCUUUUUUUUUUUUUUUUUUUUUUUUUUUUUAUAGGGCUGUUUAUUUUUAUUUAGCUAUUUUGUAAGGGGGGUGCUAUUGAACUUGGUGAUGCUGGACAUUUAACAUCAGUGCCAAAAGUCUCUCUAGUAACAGAUUAUUCCCUAAUCUAAACACUGGCUGUUAAGUGGUGCAAGGGCAAUCUAUGAACCCUUUCUGUGCAAAAAAUUGGUUGAUGAACUAUAACUAAAAAUAAUUAUGAAAUGGUUAAAUAAGUAUUCACUAAUUAUGGGAAAAUGAUUGGUCCUGGUCUAUAUCCAGUGCCCUGUGUGGAUUGCUGAAGAUCCACUCUGUUGCUGGGAAAAUAUCCAAAAAUAUUUAUAAAAAAGAAAAACACAUUAAAUUAGUGUUUUUGCUGUUGACGUUUUAAUUCCUAAGCAACACUUGCAUUGAUUUUAUCCUGACAUAUGAAAAGAGAAAUAAAAAAAAAUGUUCUUUUCUGUAGUUGUUUGUAAAAACUGCUUGUUUUACAAUCAACAUUUUAUGGAGGGGUGGGUGUAAUUUUAUUUAAGAACUAAUAAGGAUAGAGAACGAACUCUUUCCUGUAUCCCUCCGUGUUUUGGGACAGGCAGUGUAAGCCAGUAAUUAAAGGGUUAACUCUGAUUCUUGACAAUGAAGCACUUGGGAGGCCCUUAAAUAUAAUUGGUUUCUAAACUGCCUUGUUCCAGUAACCCAUAGUAUUGGGUACCUGAACACAGUAUUUCAACUCUUAGUAAUUAUAGGAAAAUGAAAAAAAGGAAAGUUGUUUAUUACUCUGAAUAAUAAUGCCGCAUCAUGUUUUUUUUUUAUAUGUGUAUACUGACCUGCAUAAUGGUUAUAUUGAAUAAAUCAAGUGCUGUAAAUCUAGAA